AUGCCGACCUUGGCUCAGAUACAGUCCUCGAGCACGGGAUCCCGUGCUCCUGUCAUCCACUUGGAAGCAACUACAUGCACCACCAUUGGCCAUGAGCAUUGGUCUCCAGACUCGUGGCAGUCAAAGCCCAUCAGUCAGGAGAUUGAAUACGCCGACCAGGGCGCGCUUGACCGCGUGUGCGCGCAGCUGCGGACCAUGCGUCCUCUCAUCGCACCAGCACGCAUCGAAGCGCUCCGGCGCAAGCUGGCAGAGGUGGCGAACGGGCGGGCAUUCGUGAUGCAAGGUGGAGACUGCGCCGAAAGUUUCGACGACGUGCGCGGAGACAUCAUUGCAGGGAAAAGGGCGUUGCUAUCGCAACAGAGCCAGGCGCUGCAGCUGGCGCUGGGUAAGCCGGUUGUGGAGAUCGGACGCAUGGCCGGGCAGUUUGCAAAGCCCAGGUCGGCGGCUUUCGAGGUGCUGGCGGACGGCAGGCAGGUCCCACCGUUCAAGGGCGACAACAUCAACAGCCGCGAUACGACAGCUCGCAUGCCGGAUCCACGCCGACUGCUGGUUGGCCACCACCUAGCGGCGACGACCCUGGCAUUCCUGGAACUUCUUGAUGGGCAAAGCAGCGGCCAGACAAUGCACACAUCGCACGAGGCGCUCAAUCUGCACCUCGAGUCAGCCGUCACGCACGGACAUUACAACACUGCGGCUGAUUUCCUCUGGAUUGGUGAACGUACGCGUCGGCUUGAUGGGGCACACGUCGAGUACUGCCGUGGGCUGCGGAACCCAGUAGGCGUCAAAUUGGGGCCUGGCACCGACGCCGGGGAGCUGGUACGCCUCCUGGCUAUCCUGGAUCCAACAAGAAGCCCGGGGAGAGUUACACUCAUCACGCGGCUGGGCGCCGUACAGGUUGAACGCGUGCUGCCGCGGCUGAUUGCGGCUGUGAAAGCGAGCGGACACGUGCCGGUGUGGAUGUGCGACCCUUGUCACGGCAACACCUUCAGCACGGCCGACGGCGUGAAAACACGGAUGGUGGAAUCGGUGGCGGCAGAAGUGCGCAAGACGUUUGAGGUGCAUGCGCGGUGCGGAUCACACCUGGGCGGACUCCACUUGGAGCAGACGGGCGAGGAGGUUACUGAGUGCGUUGAGCGUGCGCAGGCGCUGAACGAUGCCGUUAGCUUCCCACACUAUCGCUCGCUGUGCGACCCGCGACUAUCACCUGGGCAAGCCAUGAAGGUGGUGCAAGCGCUGACGGCAGCGGCAGCCCGGGGAGCAGAUGACGAGAUUGCGAUUCUACCGGCGACGGCUCAUGCCGUGGGCGAACAGGCAGCAGAGGUUCGCUUGGUUGUGGAGCAGAGCGUGCUGUAG